AUGUGUGAUAAUUUACUUCUGAAUAUAAUAUGUGCCGUGGAAGCCACAGAUGAACUAGAUGAACCAAUUAUUUCUACUCUUAAAGUAAGGGAAUAUUGGGUUCAUCCAAAAAUAGAAUAUGAUGGAGCGUACUGUAAAUAUUGUGUUUUGUUUGCUGGAGAGGGUGGAGGUGUUGGAAAACAAACUUUUGGUAAUUUGGUAAAGAAACCAUUUAAAAACUGGAAAGAUGCUAUUGAAGUAUUUAAUAAUCAUACAAAUUGUGAAUAUCAUAAAACUUGCAUUCUAAAAGGAACAUGUGCCAAACAAAUUUUAGAAAAAAAAGUUGAACCUAUAGAUAUUCAAAUAGAUUCGGGAAUAAAACGUAAAAUAAUUGAAAAUAGAAAAAAUCUUAUUCCUAUCAUUGAAACAAUCAUUUUUUGUGGUAGACAAAAUCUUUCUUUAAGAGGUCAUAGAGAUAGUGGACCCUUGAAUUUAACAGAGCCUAAUGAAAAUGAUGGAAAUUUUCGUUCAUUGUUGAGAUUUCGUGCUAAUAGUGGUGAUGUAGCAUUAAAAACGCACUUAGAAACCUGUUCUAAAAAUGCUUCCUAUACAAGUCCAAUGAUUGCUAAUGAAAUAAUUUCAACGUGUGGGGACAUUAUUUUAAAAAAAAUAGUUAAUAAAAUUAAUGAAGCAAAAUGUUUUUCGAUAUUAGCAGAUGAAACAUCUGAUAUUUCUGGUAUCGAACAUUUUUCUUUGUGUGCGAGGUAUUUUUAUAAUGGUCAAAUUAAUGAAGAUUUUCUACUGUUUGUUCCGGUAACAGAUGUCACGGGUAAAGGCCUUGCUAGUACACUGUUAACUUCGCUUGAUUUGAUUGGGAUAGAUUACAAUUACAUGAUUGGCCAAGGGUAUGAUGGUGCUGCCGCAAUGAGUGGUGUAUUUCAUGGUGCCCACGUUUAUGUCCAAGAAAAAUGUCCACUAGCAAUAUACGUACAUUGUGCAUCUCAUAGUCUGAAUCUUGCUAUUUCUGAUGCAUAUACUUUUGAAAAUGACAUAACAGAUUUAGUAAAAAAAUAUUCUCAAUUAUUACCAUCUUUUUCUCCUUUAGUAGUUAUUGCAGAAUUUAAAUUAUGGCCAACCUCUCUACAAAAUAUACCUAAAAUUCCAUCUAAUUUAUCAGAAUUACUUAAUAAUUGUAAUGAAAAUGACUAUCCAAAUGUCUACAAACUGUUAAAAAUCGUGGCAACUUUACCCAUCACAACAGCUACUGCAGAAAGGUCAUUUUCGACAAUGCGACGAUUGAAAACUUAUCUCAGAAAUACCAUGGCAGAGAACCGUUUAAAUGGAUUAGCACAGCUGAAUAUUCACAGGACAAUUGAAGUUAAUCCAGAAGUAGUGUGA